AUGAUAGAUUUCGAAUGGGCAAUUAAGCUGAAUCGCUUUACGCUGAACAUCAUCGGUUUAUGGCCAAAAGUUUACGAAAAUGCUUGCGACAGAUUUUCAUCGGAUUUACGCACGACAUUCUCCUUCUUUCUAAUCGUUUUCGUUGGUAUAAUUCCUUCGAUACAUUCGCUGGUGAGAAUCUGGAGUGACAUGAUCGCGAAAAUCGACAAUCUGCAAUUCAUUUUGCCGAUAACGAUAUCGAUAAUAAAACUGGUGAUCAUACGAUGGAAAAAAACCCAUCUUACAGUGGCUUUAAAGAUGAUCGCCGACGAUUGGAUGAAAGUCAAGAGCGAGGAAGAGCAGCGCGUGAUGAUAAAAUACGCACAGAACGCACGAAACAUCCUCAUCUUUGCAUGCGUCCUCAUGGUCGUAGGAUUCAGUUUACUCAUCGUUCUACCUUGCUUCGGAACAUCGCUGAGAUACAUAACGAACAUCACCGAUCCGGCCAAGAUCCUGCCGCUACAAACGUAUUACUUCUAUAAUAAAGAUCAGAGUCCGUAUUACGAGCUCACGUUCACGGCGCAAGUUUUGCUAAUGUUAAUGGCAGGUGUAUCUUAUACCGGUGUGGAUAAUCUACUCGGAUUAUUGGUAUUUCAUCUGUGCGGCCAGAUGGAAAAUUUGAAAGAACGAUUGAUCAACAUGAGGCAAUAUAAAACCUUUUGCGGCGGUCUCACUUUCAUCGUUGAGGACCACAUACGGCUAAUCAAAUAUUUUGACAUUGUUGAGAGUACAUUCACUCUAUUGCUACUCGGAUUGCUGCUUUAUUUCGCCAUUCUAUUUUGUCUACACGGAUUUUUGAUCGUUGCGGUACUCACGGAAGGAAGAGAAAUGUCAAUGAUUCGUUUGAUAUAUCUAAUAUCUGUAGUGUUAAACGUUGGCGGCCAUAUGUGUCUAUAUUGCGUAGUAGGCGAGAUUCUGGUAGCACAAUGCGAAGAAAUAUAUCACGCAGCAUAUAAUUACGAAUGGUACACAUUGAAGCCGGAACAGGCAAAAAGUCUGAUCCUGAUAAUGAUACGGGCUAACAAACCACUGUAUAUUACAGCUGGGAAAAUGUUUCCUAUGACACUCUCGAUGUUUUGCAACUUAGUAAAAACUUCAGCCGGCUAUGUAUCAGUUCUACUCGCCAGCCAAGGUUCUUAAAACUAAUUUCA